AAAACAGCCAAUUCGAAUCCAGUAUUAGUGCGGUUAACAGUGUUCCUAACAAACGGUGUCUUGUCUAUUGUAUUUUCAUUUAUCUCCUCCACAUCUAUACUAUUUAAUUAACUAUAUUUUAAUUAUUUAUAUUUAUAUAUUACCUAAGUGUACACAAAAUGCCUUUCAAGCCAGUGGAACAUCCAAAAUGCCCCAAGUGCGGCAAAUCCGUUUAUGCUGCGGAGGAACGCGUUGCUGGAGGACUUAAAUGGCACAAAAUGUGCUUCAAAUGCGGUCUGUGCAGCAAACUUCUCGACUCAACAAACUGCUCCGAGCACGAGGGUGAGCUUUUCUGCAAAGUCUGCCACGCCCGGAAAUUCGGUCCCAAGGGGUACGGAUUUGGCGGAGGCGCAGGCUGCCUCUCCAUGGACCAGGGCGAGCACCUGCAGAGAGAUGGUGAUUUGAGAGGCUCGAGCGCAGUAAUGGAACCCCGCGCAAUUGCUAAAGCACCUGAAGGCGAAGGAUGUCCAAGAUGUGGUGGAUUUGUUUACGCUGCUGAGCAAAUGCUUGCACGUGGACGACAAUGGCACAGAGAAUGUUUUAAAUGUGGGCUCUGCUCAAAACGAUUAGACUCCGUCAACUGUUGCGAAGGUCCUGACAAGGAUAUUUACUGCAAAGUCUGCUAUGGCAAGAAGUUCGGUCCAAAGGGUUAUGGCUACGGUCAGGGUGGUGGUGCCCUUCAGAGUGACUGCUACGCAAACGGCGAUGCAGCCCCACGCACUACAGUGGUGGACACUGCGUGCAUAAAAGCACCGCCAGGAAAAGGAUGUCCUCGUUGUGGGGGCGUAGUAUUUGCCGCGGAACAAGUUCUAGCGAAAAGUCGCGAGUGGCACAGAAAAUGUUUCAAGUGUCACGAUUGUUCGAAAACACUUGACUCGAUAAUAGCUUGCGAUGGUCCUGAUAAAGACGUUUACUGUAAAACUUGUUAUGGAAAAAAAUGGGGACCUCAUGGUUAUGGAUUUGCUUGUGGAUCUGGAUUUUUACAAACUGAUGGUCUUACAGAAGAACAAAUCUCAGCAAGUAGACCAUUCGCUAGCCCAGAUACAACUUCAAUAAAAGCACCAGCAGGUCAGGGCUGUCCCCGAUGCGGUGGAAUGGUAUUCGCUGCCGAGCAACAACUUGCCAAAGGGACAAUGUGGCACAAAAAAUGUUUCAACUGUGCCGAGUGUCAUCGGCCUUUAGACUCAAUGCUCGCUUGUGAUGGACCUGACAAGGAGAUUCACUGUCGCUCGUGUUACAGCAAACUCUUUGGACCCAAAGGCUUUGGAUUUGGUCACACUCCAACUCUGACAUCGACUAACGGUGACGGCGCACCUUCAUUCAUUGACUCUAAACCACAAAUGGGCACAAAAAGCACCGAUGGACAUGGGUGUUCACGUUGCGGUUACCCAGUUUAUGCUGCCGAACAAAUGAUCUCCAAGGACAGACUUUGGCACAAACGUUGCUUCAGUUGUGGUGCCUGCCAUCGUUCAUUAGACUCGACAAAUCUUAAUGACGGACCUGACGGUGACAUCUACUGUCGCGGAUGUUAUGGACGUAAAUUUGGACCACGUGGUGUUGGUUUUGGUAUGGGCGCCGGUACUUUAACGAUGGCCUAAUUUAUUUAUUUAUUAUAAUCAUAAUAAUAAUUAUUUAAUUACACUGAUAGAAGGAUUUCUUAGUAUUAAAAAAGAUUUGUUAAUAUUUAACAAAUUAUUUCUUAACGGAGCUUUAUUUAAGAAAUAUUUAUUAAUAUUUAACAAAUCAUUUCUUAAACAUCAUUUUUUUGUAUUUAAUAAAUAUUUCUUAGCAUCUAAUAAACGA